AUGCCUUUUGUUGUAACUGACAAGUUUGUGGAGCGUCUACGUGGUGGUGGUGGUGAUGGUGGCGGCCCAGAAGAUGGAAAUUGUAGCCAUAAGGGGGGCAGUGAACUUGCUGGUGCAACUGCUAUUGAGAGUCAAGUUCCUGUUGCUGGCUCUGGCUCAGAAGAUAGCAAAAAAGUGUACCGUGCUCUCUUCAACUUUCUAACCUUUGGUAUCGAAUCUGAAAACCUCCCACCUGGCUACAAUGACGAUGCAACUGCUUGCAAAAGAACCUCGAAGGAACCAAAGGAUAAGUCUCGUAGUAAAGAGCUUGACCAAAACCAGUGGAAGGAUAUUGUUGAUUUCGUGGAAAGUUGGCAUGCCGCCAAAAGUAAAAAAGCCAAAACAGCUAUCAUGAAGCAGAAAGGACAGGGAGGCAAAGGAUAUCGAUUCAUCCAGAGAUACCGAGUUACUACUAUCAAUUUACCUGAUAACCAAGGAGAGAAAAAACAGUUAGAACGUUAUGACACUGUACAGGAGACGGCGCAACUUCAAGAUGGUCCUGCUGACGUACCUACCAAGAUUGCUCUUCCACAGCUGGAAAUAUUUGAUGCCAUUGCUGCUGCUCAUGCAAUGGGAUCAAAUAAUAAAGCACCAGAUCCAAUCCAUCGUAUUCUUUGUCAGACUUAUUGGAAUGUGACAUUGGAGCAAGUGCAACAGUUCAUUUCAUUGAACCCAAUUUCCAAUACAACCAAGCCUCGGAUUCCCAAACCCGAUGGGGCAAGGAAGCCCAUUGUGUCGGGUGAUUGGCGUGAUCGCUUUCAAGCCGAUCUCAUUAACAUGACCAAGCGGCCAGCAAACAAUAUUCACGGAGUGACCAUGAGAAUUUUCCAUACCGAUAAUGGCACUGAGUUCACAGCCGAACAGGUGUGUGAGUACUUGAAGAUGCUCAAUCCAAACUUGUUGCCAGUCACUGGAAGACCUCGCUGCCCAACAGACCAAGGCUCAGUGGAAAGACACAAUGGUAUUCUGAAGCCACUGCUGGCACUGAUAGAAGAGGAAGGACGUCAAGCAGGAACAAAUGCCAACUGGGUUCAGCUUUUGCCAAGGCUUCAAGCAACAAUGAACUCAAGAAUUACAACUCGAACCCAAAAUCUCUCACCUUAUGGAAUUGUAUUCGGACGCAACUUUCACAACGACAUUACAUGUGAUGUUAACACCAUUCGUCAAUGCCGAACCGUUGUAGAUAUGCUGAAUUUGGGAGAAGUUAUUUCGCCUCGAUUUAAGGAAGUUGCAUUGCAUAUUGAAGAUGGAUUGGCAAGCAGUAUUACUGAUAAAAACCGAUUCAUUUUCAUUCCCACAGAAACAGAGAACGAAGCGCCCUUGAAGAAGUCAGCAGAAGCAGAUCUGCCACUUGCAUCGUUGGCGGCUAGUAUGACAAGCAAAACCCAUGCUCCAACCAACACAAAGGAAUCCAAGACGGAACCAGACCCCGUAGCUUGGCCUGAGCACAUAAGCGGAAACAAAAAGCUCCACCCACGUCCUUCAUUUUCGGCAGUACCCAUCUCGAAACAACAGGAAGGGAUAUUGACGGCCAAGGCCGCCACCAGCAUGACAUCGCAGGAAGAUUUACUAGCCACCGAAGAUUCGUUUGAUAUGGAGCCAUUGCAAUUGAAGUCACCACCCAUCACACUGAGGCAGAGGGAGGAUCCAAUCCAAACACCACCAAACCAAAAGCCAGCCACAUCAUAUGAAAGUAGUGAGGUGAAGGUACUGUCGCCAACAAAACAACCCGAAGCAGGUAAAAGCUGUCGCGUCAGUAUUGAAGAUGCCUUAUCAAAGUUCGAAGGAUACCACGCUGGUUGCUGGGAGAAGGAAAAAUUCAAACCGCCACAUGAAAGAACUAUUGUGCCAACCUUCCGCACAAAAGUGAAAACCUUGAUUGGGACUAUAGGUCCAUGCCAAUCCUGUCCGCUGAGUAAUGCUGGAGCAAUGGUAAUGAUUGGAGAAGAUUCGUAUUGGAAACAGCUAGCUGACCGCCAAUCUUGUCACUGGAUGGAAUAUGCUGAGGUGGUAUCUUUCUGUAAUCUCCUGCAUCACACAUGUCAUCAAAACGAGUUCACCAUUUGGUACUACGACAAACACCAGUUGUGA